AUUAAAGUUAAUCAUUAAAAGUAAAUGAGAAAACAAAAUGUAAACAAUUGAAUAAAUUGUUAUAACAAUUAAUUAGAUUGAAUUAAAUUGUAUGUAUUGUAAUUUUUUUGGUUUGUGUACAAGAUUAACUUACAAUUGAUUAUGUUAAACAACAAGGAAGAGGAUAUAAUGUCCGCAAUUGGAUUUAAUCAACAUGAUUUAGUCGAUGUUGCAGUUAAGGGUGUUUUCUGUGUCAAAUUACCGGCCAAUGUCCGUUCAACUGGUGCCUGGAAAGUUUGGACACCUAAAUUGUUACUAAUUAAGCCACAAAUUGGUGAGAUUACAAGUCGAACACAUAAUAAUAGAUUAAUAUUGACAAUCUUCAAAAGUACCAAAAUCAAAGAUACGUCACAAGGAUUCGUUAUACAAGAAAUACUUAAUCCCUCAAGGACGAUAAUCUUUAGAUGCAAAUCAAGGAAAAAGCCUCAUGCCUUCACAAUCUAUGGCGAUGGUAAACCUUUGGUUCAUAUUUCCGGUGAUUCUGAGACGGAAAGUCAAUUGUUAAUCAGAUCAAUUCGUAAUCUACUUUGGCCUGCUAAUCCGAUCAUCUCUUUAUCCAAAGCUUUAGGUGGAGUCUUUGAAGUGUCCAUAAUUGACAAUGAGAUGUCCUAUCGAGCUGGUUUACUUGGUGUUUGUGGCUACUUGACCAUCACCUCGGACAAGGUAACUUUAACCUGUCCACAGACUGGACAUAUAAUACAAGAAUGGACAAUGUCCAGUGUGUCCUUUAAACUGGUCCCACAGGUUAACCUAAAGGACAAUAAUAAAGUUGUCAACAUGAUGACCACCGAUACAAGUUCAACUGGCCUGGGUAAUAUAUUGAUUUACUGUGAAGAAUCAUCCGAAUUGAUUAGUCAAUUUAAUCGUGUCCGAGGUAAUCAACAUCAAUCACAAGGGUCAAGCUAUAGUGAUGAGUUAAUCCAAAAUUUGAACAUAACAACAUCCGAAUAUGAUUUAAUGACUCGAUUUGAUGAUCUAGAUUAUUCACCUGAUUCUAAUCAAUCACAAUCAUCAACUUCUAAUCGUUCUUCAUUUAAUCCACCAUCAACUUCAUCAACUACAACAAGUAAUUCAUCAUCAUCUUUAUUCAGUUUAAAUCAACCUCUUGAAUCGUCUUACAAUUUAUCCUCAUCAUGGUCAACCAAUAUUUCAAUUCCCUGGACAUCAUCAGGAUCUGAUCAUCAUGUUAUCUAUGAUGUACCUCGUCCGGUUAAUUUAACUAAAUCAACUGACAAUCAAUCGAUUUCAUCAUGUUCAUCAUCAUCAUCAUCAUCGCCGUCACCUGAUUAUGCAACAAUUAAACGUUUUCCUGCAAGUAAUCAACAAUCAAUUCUGAAUACUAUUGAUAAUCUUUCGUCAUCACUUCUUGAUUGUUCACUAUGUAAACAACAAUGGAUCCCAUCAACUAAAUCCAAUUACUUACCCUUUGAACAAUCAAAUUUGGCCUCUUCACUUCCUGCAACAGUUACAACGUUACAAGACAAUAAGGAUCACAUUUAUGAAGAGAUCAGAGCAAUUAAGGAAAAACUUGAACAAUCAAAUCACAAUUACAACACUGAUUUUAAUGAUAUCUAUGAAAUAAUUGAGCCAUUUAAAGGAUCCAAUUUAAUUGAUGAAAAUGAAAAUAUUGAUUCAGAUAUUGGUGAGAAAAGCAGUCAAGUUAUUAAUCAUAACAAUCAAUUGAUUAAUGAAAAAAUUAUUGUUCCAAUGAAAAAUGAAUCAGAAACUAUUGAUGAUGUUAAUCAAUUGAAACAAUCAAAAUCUAUUGUUAAAUCAUCACCUAAGCGAAUUUCUAGAUUUAAUUACUUUAAAUUACGAAGGACGUUAUCAGAAUCUUGGUUUAAUUCACAAUUUUCAUCAAAAUCAAAUCUAAAAUAAUUUUAAAUCUAAUUAACUUUCAACAAUUAAACUUAAUUCAUUCAUUGUAUUUUAAUUGUAA